AUGCUGGACAACGUCGACCACAUUGUGCUGGUGCUGUCGGGCAAAGGCGGCGUGGGGAAGUCGUCCGUGACCACGCAGCUGGCGCUCACGCUCGUCCGCCAGGGCUACAAGGUCGGCGUGCUGGACAUCGACUUGACAGGCCCGUCGAUGCCCCGGAUGUUUGGCAUAGAGGAGGGCAAAAUCCACCAGUCGUCGAACGGCUGGGUGCCCGUGUACUACGACGACUCCAAGAGGCUGGCUGUGAUGUCGCUCGGGUUUUUACUGGGCGACAGGGGCAACAGCGUUGUGUGGAGGGGCCCCAAAAAGACCGGCAUGAUCCGCCAGUUUAUCAAGGACGUUCGAUGGGAGCAUCUGGACUACCUGCUGGUGGACACGCCGCCGGGCACCUCUGACGAGCACAUUGCGAUUGCGGAGGAGUUGAGGUACUGCAAUAACGUGGACGGCGCCGUUGUCGUGACGACGCCGCAGCUGGUGUCUAUCAACGACGUGAAAAAGGAGCUGAAUUUCUGCCAGAAAGUGAAUUUCAAGGUGCUGGGGCUGGUGGAGAACAUGUCAGGAGAGACAGAACGAGUGGAAAGAGCGCGGGGACCUGAUUACGCUGUACGGCGAAAGCACGCUGAGCGGCAUGUUUGA